AUGAUUAGACUUCAUAACAUCCCAAAAUCAACUAGGAUAUUAUUAGGUAUACUUACAUUUAUAAGUGGGUUAUCAUUCAUAUUAAAAUAUCAACAAUACAGGUAUUUAACUACUUCAUCAAAUCCCAUUAAUUUUCAUGAUGUUAAAAUCCCAUUCCUUCAGUUAAUUCCAAAAUCAACAAUUUAUAAUCCUUGGGUACUUGUAACGUCAAUUUUCGCUGAAAUCACUAUAAUUUCAUAUCUAUUAUCAUUUUCAAUUUUAUUUAUUAGUUCAAAAUUUGUUGAAAGAUUUUGGGGUUAUAUUGAAGUAUUAAAAUUUAUUUUAAUUGUUGGUAGUAUUACAAAUUUAAUAACUGUUAUAAUUGCAAUUAUAUCAAAUAUAGUUAGAGAAGAUGUUAAAAAUAUGAAUAAUCCAUUAGGUGGUGGUAUAUCUUAUUAUUUUGGUUUUCUAGUUGUUUUUAAACAAUUAAUACCAGAACAUAAUAUUGUAUUAUUUCAAGGUUUAAUUAAUUUUAGAAUUAAACAUGUACCAUUUGCAUUAUUAAUUAUAUUAACUAUUUGGUCAUUGAUUAUUAGUCAGUCAUUAUACCCUGCCAUCCCAUCAAUUUUCAGUUUCUUUGUUUCAUUUAUUUAUUUAAGAUUUUUCCAACAAUUAAAUGUUGAAGCAAUUUUACCAGGUGGUGAUAAUUCAAUUUUAAUCGGAGAUGCAAGUGAUACAUUCCAAUUAGUUGAAUUUUUCCCUCAGUUAUUAAAACCAUAUUUAAUUCCAAUUUUUAAUGAAAUUUAUGAAGUGGCUGUAUUAUUAGGUAUAAUAACAUCAUUUAAUGAUGAAAUUGUCGAACAAAGUAAUUUAAGAGCACAAAAGAGACAAGAACAAACUAGUAAAGCAGUUAAUAAAUCAGUAGCUGAAAGAAGAAGACAAGUUGCUUUACAAGUAAUUGAAGAUAGAAUAAAUAAUCAAAAUAAUAUAUAA